UCCUGAGAAAAUUCCUCUUACCCAUGUCAGCAGCCUGUUGUGCUUUGUUCCAAUGAUGUUCAGCGUAAUCUGGUUGAAUUAAAUUGAAAAUGGUAGCUGAUAAUGGCAUAAUGAGUUCCCCUCCAUUUAGGACUUCCAAGCAAUCAUAUUUGCUUAGAGAUCGAAACUUAAUUGGCAAAGGUCCCUUCGGGUUGUCCAUAGCUGCAACAUGUCUGACUAUUGCUAUACUGGCCUCCGUAUUAUACGGUAUAAUUUGGGCACUCGAAGGAUCUGUAUUGUAUGAAAUAUUUGGUAUGAGCAUGCCAUUGGUUGCCAAGAUUUCGAGUUUGCUGUCUACGUUGUUUUUGUUUACCGUGCUAUUCAAAAGCACUGCCAUGGUGUAUAUAUUGAUUGGUUCAUGUGUAAUGUAUACAAUGUUACACGUUACCAUAUUGUCAAUGGUAAUUUUUUUCUACAUGGAAUACAUAAAGGAAACUGACGUACUGUUCAGAUUGAUGUAUUAUGAACGUAGUACGAUAUAUUUCGUAUCUUUCAUUAGUGUUUCUAUUAUAAGAUUAAUCAUUACUUUUCCAUUACUAUACUACUCGUUGAUUUUGGCCGCCAUUCGCAUUAAUGGUGGAAGUGGGUGGGAAGGGAAAACAGCGUUAGAACUGGAGAAGAGUGCCUUAGAUAAGCAGUUAAUGGAGUUACAAAAUAGAAAGGAAUGGGUGAACACACUUUCAACACCCGAAGAUAAUUGACACUGUCUCAUGGGUUGGAUGACUGAAAUGUUAAACUCACAACAUAACCUUUGUAUAUUCACAUAAAUAAGAACAU